GAGCUGUUCUACUCGUAUGGUGGCUCGCCACCCGUCUACCCAUCACCCAAAGGAAGUGGAGCUGGUGAUUGGGCUGAAGCGUAUGGCAAAGCUCAAGCUCUUGUUGCGCAAAUGACGAACGAAGAGAAGAACAAUGUCACCACACCAGUUCUCUCGACCAGGGGCUGUUCCGGCUUCACUGGUACUGUCGAGCGACUGGGAUUUCCAGGAAUCUGUCUCAACGACGGUCCUGCCGGCGUGAAGGGACCUGUUGCAGAGAACGAAACCCGCGCCAACGGCUUCCCGGCUCAGCUCAGUGUUGGCGCGACCUGGAACCGGGGUCUUGCGUACUGGCGUGGUCAGCAGAUGGGCAAAGAAUUCAAGGCAAAGGGCGUCGACGUCGCCCUUGCGCCAGUGCUCGGACCAUUGGGUCGUAUCGCCACUGGCGGCAGGAAUUGGGAAGGCUUCUCGAACGAUCCCUUCCUGGCUGGUGCUUUGGUCGAACUCACCAUCAAGGGGUUGCAAGAGUCCGUAGUGGCUUGCGCGAAGCACUUCAUCGGGAACGAGCAGGAAACACAACGGAACCCUUUUCUGGUAGGAUACCUGGACGAUGGCAACUACACUUUGAACGCAUCGGUGUCAGCGAACAUAGAUGACAGCACAAUGCACGAGCUGUACCUGUGGCCUUGGUAUGAUGCUGUCAGAGCCGGCGUUGGCAGUGUCAUGUGCUCUUACCAAAGGAUCAAUAACAGCUAUGCGUGCCAGAAUAGCGCCGCACUGAACGGCUUGCUCAAGGGUGAGCUAGGAUUCCAAGGCUUUGUCGUCAGUGAUUGGUUCGCUCAGCACGCGGGAAUCGCUACGGCCGAGACGAUGGAGAUGGCCAUGCCCGAUCCCAGAUACUGGGGAAAUGGCACCUUGUCGACUGCAGUGUCCAAUGGGUCAUUGAAGGCAGACAGACUCGACGACAUGGCAACGAGGAUCCUAGCCAGCUGGUACAGAUACUCCACGACCGAGCUCGUCGGGCUCGAGAAUCAUUAUGACCAAGAUGUUCGCCAGCCAGAAAGCGCUGCCGCCGCGUUCCAAGUAGCCGUCGAGGGCCACGUCUUGGUAAAGAACGUCAAUAAUGCCUUGCCGCUGAGCAAGCCAACAGUGCUGUCGGUCUUUGGCUGGGACGCAGUUGCUGGCUCCACGGCAGACCCGACUCAGAGCCUCGGAGGCGUCGGACUGGCGAAUAGUCAGAUCUUCACCACCGGCCAGAACUUCUCGGCUCUUACGUACUUGCAGCUUGUUGCAGCUACAGCCCCAAUUGGAACAACGAUUCCCGACGUCGCUCUCAAUGGCACACUCAUCGCGGGUGGAGGUAGUGGCUCUUGCUUGCCAGCAACCGUAUCUGGUCCAUAUGAGGCUCUCCUUCGCCAAGCCUUGUCUGACGGGACUAAGGUGUACAACGACACCAGGGUGACUGAUAGUCCGGUGGUAGAGGACGGGAGUGGUGUUUGCUUGGUACUCAUCAACGCGCAAGCCGCAGAAGCCGCCGACCGAACGACUCUCGCAGACGAGUUCUCAGACAACUAUGUCGAUGCCGUUGCCAGCCAGUGUGCCAAUACCGUGGUGAUCAUCCACAACGCAGGCAUUCGUCUUGUCGACCGGUUCUUCGACCACGAAAACAUCACGGCCAUUCUUUACGGGCACACUCCUGGUCCAGCCAGCGGUGAUGCCCUCGUUGAGCUCCUGUACGGUCGUCAAUCGCCGUCCGGGAGGUUGCCGUACACCGUGGCGCAUGACGAAGCCGACUAUGGAUCUCUUCUGAGGCCAGAUCUUCCGACCGAACAGGACCCGCAGUACGCUCAAUCCAACUUCACCGAAGGGGUUUUCAUCGACUACCGCCGAUUCAUGAAGGAAGGAAUCUCCCCACGCUUCGAAUUCGGAUAUGGCUUGACGUACACCAACUUCAGCUACUCCAACUUCAGUGUUUCGAAGGUCCCGAACGCCCGCUUCGACCUGGCGCCACCGGGCUCCAAAUCGUCCGCGCUAGCUCCAGAAGGCGGCUUGGCAUCGCUGUACGACGUCCUCGCCACCGCUUGCGUGACGGUCACCAACACGGGCGAGGUAGCGGCCGCGGAAGUUGCUCAGCUCUACGUCAACAUCCCUGGUAGUGGGGUCGAAAGAGCAUUGAGAGGUUUCGAAAAGAAGCUGCUGCAGCCAGGAGAGAGUGCAGAGUACACUUUUGAUCUCAAGAGGAGAGAUCUCAGCUUGUGGAGUAUGGAAAAGCAGGACUGGAUGCUCCAGGAUGGCCAGUACGAAAUCGUGAUGGGCAAGAGUGUGCUUGAUGUGCAAGGUACCGCUGUGUUCAGCGUGUAA